CUGCUCGCCUGCAAACAGGAACCUAGAAAGUUGCUCUGGAGAAAAUGUCAGCCGGGGAGGAAUUCUUUGCGGGCAUCCCCAGGAUCCCGUUUUUCCCCAGUGCUAGGCCAGGAGACGCCCUGUGUUUCAAACAGUACAAUGCAGAGGAGGUGCUGAUGGGAUGGACCAUGGAGGACUGGUUGAGGUUCUCAGUCUGUUACUGGCCCUCCUUCUGUGGAACUGACACUCCGUGAACGGUGCAGCCACCAACCCUGACUGUCAUGUUCUGGCCUACGCUGGUGCUCAGGUGAAGAAGGGACUGGAUAUUGCCAAGAAGCUUGGUGCAGAGAAUUUUGUGUUCUGGGGAGGAAGAUAAGGUUUUCAUUCAAUCCAUAAUACUGUGGUUGCUGCUGAGCUGAAGCACAUGGCCAACUUCUUCAAAAUGGCAGUUAGGUACAAAGAGCACAUUGGGUUAAAGUGUCAGUUUCUAAUUGAACCAAAGCCCAAGGAGCCCUGCAAACACCAGUAUGGUUAUGAUGCCAUGAGUGUUAUAGGAUUCCUGAAGCACUAUGGUCUGGAGAGUCACUUCAAGUUGAACAUUGAGCCCAACCACACCACCCUUGCAGGACACUCCUACGAACAUGACGUUGUCUAGGCUUCUACGUUUAGCAUGCUGGGUUCAGUUGACGCAAACACUGGCUCUCCAGACCUGGGGUGGUACACAGAUCAGUUCCCCAUGGACAUCAGGAACACCACCUUGGUCAUGAAGACCAUCAUUGAACAAGGUGGUCUGCAGCCAGGAGGCCUCAACUUUGAUGCUAAGGUGUGCAGAGAUUCUACAGACCUGGAAGACCUGUUCAUAGCUCACAUUGGAGCCAUGGACACCUUUGCAAGAGGACUCAGGAACGCUGUUAGCAUCAUUGAGGAUGGAAUUAUCACUGGUAUGGUGAAGGAGCGAUACUCGAGCUUCAGUCAGGGCCUUGGUCAGAAAGUGGAGGAUGGUUCUGCAACCUUAGAGGAGAUGGAGGCCUUCAUCAAGCAGAAUGGUGAACCCAGAGUCACAUCAGGCAAGCAAGACAAAUAUGAAUCCAUCUUUAAUCACUACAUUUAAAAAAAAUCAACCCUCCUGUGUGACCUUUGACCUGAAAUAUAAGCUGUGUUACCCAGGUGCAUGGUGAUGAAACACUGUAGAGCAGAUCAAACACAAAGUUUAAAAUGUAGAGCAUGUGAUUCAUCCCACUGGGAUUAAUAGUUAUUCUACUGAAUACAUGCAGAUGUUUAGCUGAAUCUGAUACGGUAAUGAUUCAGACUGUCUGACUAAUGGACCAAUUCAAUAUAAUAUUUUUUAUAUGUCAUUCAAACUAUAUCACUACAAUAUAAAAUGUCACCUGCCCCAUGAUGUAACAAGGCUGUAGUCAUAUUAACUAUUGACUAAUGUUGAAACAUCUCACAGUUGAAAUACAUCAACAGCCUGAAACGUUAUGGGUUUACAUCCUUGAUACUGGAACACAUUAUAAGAAAAUGUAUCUUAUUUGCAUUGCAUCAUAUUAACCAAUAUAAAGACACAUUUUUGCUUUACUAAAGCUGAUCUAAACAAAAAUGUUAAAAUGAAGGUAUAGUUAGUUCCUGUAUUUAUUUGUUUUAUAACUGCAAUUCUUCUUCGUCUUGUCUAAUUUGAAAUAUUCUCCUAGUCAACGCUAGAAGUGGUUGAAGUAGGUUUUUUUAUCUGGGGAGAAAAACAGCUGGUUUGGGUCAAAUUCUUUUCAGCCCAGUUUCUCCACCUUUCAGAUUGAACUGAUGUGUCAGACUUUAUUUACAUGUUUGCCUCCUGAUGAAUAAUUUUGCUAACCUUUGAGUAUUUGAAGCAGUAUGGUGUCACACAAUGACACAUGGUCUGUUCAGAGCAAUGAACACUGGAGAGAGGAUUCACUCUGAGCCUUUUUCUGGAUACCACGAGUUACAUCAACCUGAGGUAACACUUCCUUUGCUACAAAUACAGAAUAUCUAUUUGGCAGCACAACAAACUAAUGCUAAAAUGUGCAUUAUUGUGAGUGUUUUACAGAAUUAGUGAGAUUAUUCAGUAUGCACAACUUUUGGAACUAUGGUAACAGCUUGUCAUCUCUGCUUCAGAUGACACACGAGAGCAUCUAUAGGAUUUAUGGCAUUCGCGUUUUUAUGCUCCAGAGUGAUCAUCCUGUCAGACAUGAGCCCUCUUUCCUCCAGGUCCCCUUUCUGCUGUUAAAUAAAUGAAACUCGCACCUUUCCACUGACAUCACAUCAUACUACCAUCCUGCACGCCCGCUGUCCAAUCAGCGGCCGAGGGGUUGGCCCUUCGCCGUCGUGGUGGCCAAUCGGAGGAUAGCGUGAGCUCUGCUCACCACCGCGUUGCUCCUGAUAUGCGGGUUGAGCUGUGAAGGAGGCGGGACGUGGAUCCAGCCAAUCCAGAUUCGUCCGUGUUUCUCAUUAACAUAGAGGCUUCAGCAGCAGCAGUAGCAUCAUCGCGCCUACUGAGAUAAAGUUAUCAUGAGUUUCCAAAGGUGAGUCUUUGUUUAGGGCGGGCUCCUGUUGUGCAGAACCUGAGAAACUAAUGAAGAAUACUUAUUGAUGAUUUAAUUAGCCCGAACCCUUUUUUUAAUCAGCCUAGAAACCCUGUGUCUCAGCUGUGCACUGUCUUAGUUUAGAUUGUUUUAAAUCCUACAAGAUGUGGACUUUCCUGGGAAUAGCGAGCCUCACGUACCUGUACAAAAAGUCGGACACCGUUUUGAGUGUGGCCAACAAAGAGGUGCUGGUGGCCGCAGCCCUGCUGGUCACAGUGGGUCUGCUGCUCUCAUACAUCACCUACUUCCACAAGCUCCGACUCUCUCAGGUCGUGUGUUCACCUCUGAGCCUCCUCUCCUUUGUGCCAGUCGUCAACCACUUCAUCCCUCAGACUCUUGCACAGAGCAGCGGCAAGACCGAGGACAGCUGCAGAAAGAGCCGGAGAACAAGGAAACGAGCAGAUGUAGAGGUCUCUUCCACAGAGAGCGCUGCCUCAACCAGUCGCUCCUCAGUUGCCCCAGAGCCAGAUGUGCUGAUCGUUGGGGCAGGGGUCCUGGGCUCAGCGAUGGCGGCCGUCCUGGCCCGGGACGGGAGGAAGGUGACGGUAGUGGAGAGGGACCUGAAGGAGCCUGACAGGAUAGUUGGGGAGCUGUUGCAACCUGGAGGAUACAAGGCUCUUAAAGACCUGGGCCUGGAAGGUUCAGUGGAGGGUCUGGAUGCCCAUCUGGUGAACGGCUAUGUGAUCCAUGACAUGGCCAGCAGCACGGAGGUGGAGAUCCCUUACCCUCAGGAGGAGGACAGCAUCCAGUGUGGACGUGCUUUCCAUCACGGUCGAUUCAUCAUGGGCCUGAGGAGAGUCGCCUUGGCCGAGCCAAAUGUCACAUUCGUAGAAGGGACUGUGAGCAGUUUGCUGGAAGAAUACGGCAGCAUAAUGGGAGUCCAGUACAAGGAUAAAGGAACUGGAGACCUCAAGGAAAUCCGUGCAGCGCUGACUGUGGUGGCUGAUGGCUGCUUCUCCAAGUUCAGGAAGAGCCUGGUUUCUGGGAAAGCUCAAACCUCCUCUCACUUUGUCGGUUGCCUCAUGAAUGACUGUCCUCAGUUUAAAGCCAACCACGCUGAGCUGGUGCUGGCCAACCCGAGCCCGGUGCUCAUCUACCAGAUCUCCUCAUCACAGACCAGAGUGCUGGUUGACGUCAGGGGGGAGAUGCCACGCAACCUCUCAGAGUACAUGGCUGAGAAGAUACACCCACAGCUGCCAGAGCAUUUACAGGAGCCUUUCAUGGUGGCGCUGCAGAAUGAUCGACUCAGAUCCAUGCCUGCCAGCUUCCUCCCGCCCUCCCCUGUCAAUAAACCAGGUGUCCUUCUCCUUGGUGACGCGUACAACAUGAGGCAUCCUCUGACGGGAGGAGGGAUGAGCGUCGCGCUCAACGAUGUUCGCAUCUGGAGGGACCUGCUCAACAACAUCCCCGACCUGUACGACGACAAGGCCAUGCUGCAGGCAAAGAAAAGAUUCCACUGGGAACGCAAGUCAUCACAUUCUUUUGUGGUGAAUGUGUUGGCCCAGGCCCUGUAUGAGCUGUUUUCAGCCACUGACAAUUCUCUCUGCGAGCUGAGAAAAGCCUGCUUCCAGUACUUCAAGCUGGGUGGAGAGUGCAUUGCUGGACCUAUUGGACUUCUCUCAGUUCUGACACCAAAACCUAUGAUGCUUAUUGGACACUUCUUUGCCGUGGCGAUGUAUGCAAUCUACGUGAACUUCAAGUCGGAGUCGUGGAGCACUAAACCUCGAGCUUUAUUCAAGAGUGGGGCCAUCCUGUAUCGAGCCUGUACGGUCAUGUUUCCUCUCAUCUACUCUGAAUUCAAGUACCUGGUGUACUGACGAGCAUCUGGACUCAGAUAGACCUAACCCGAUGUCAGGUCUACGUCUUAAGUUGGAAGCAAAAUUCUAAAUAAGUGUAUUAUCUGAGAGUACUUUCUAUGUUUGCCUGCCUGCUGAAAAAGGCGACGUUACCAUCUCAAACCAUGAGGAUUUUCUACAUAUGCCUCUGCCUUACUUUAAACUGUCUUACUGUGCUUACCUCAUGCCCUGUUCCAGUAUGGACAUGCCAUGCAAUUAUACCGUAUUAUCCAUGUAUGCAUUUACCCACAGUCUGCCCUUUAUGCUGGAGGUGUAUCAUACUGUGCAUUAGUUCACACUGAAUGAUUAACACUUAAUAUUCAGCGCUGUGGAAAUAUUCCUGCCAAACAGAAUUACCAUGUGGAGCUUGGCAAUGGAGUGUCAUAAUUCUGCUACACAUAAACUUUCCUGCUGUGUGUUUGAUAUAUCCAUUGCUAAUGAUGGUGACAAAUUUGUAAUACAAGGAUUUCAUAUUUUAAAUCUGAAGCACUUAUGAUGGGAUGUCAUAAAACAGCAAGCUGUACAUUGGUUUAUAUACAGCAAUCACACUUCUCUAGUGUUUUCAACAUGAUUCUGCUUAGCAAAAGGACUACAGCACUUUCUAUUCAAACAUAUUUCUUUUUUCUGUAAAGGUAGUUUCCUUCCUUCCUAAGAGUGUUGUUCCUUGUGUACUGUGAUAAAAAAGUUUUUGUUACAAUA